CGUGGGCGGGGUCUUACUUUGAACUCAGUUGGCGGGAGUUGUGGCUCCGAAAGGGGCUUUGGCUGAUGCUGCAGGCUUCUAUCCGGACUGGCUUACGAUGGAGCCCACUGCGGGAAGCGAGAAGGAGAGUGACGGAGACGCGCUUACAGGGGAGUGCGUGAAUAGGAUCCCAGUGCCACGACCUCCCUCCAUUGAGGAAUUCACCAUAGUGAAGCCCAUUAGCCAUGGCGCCUUUGGGAAGGUGUAUCUCGGGCAGAAAGGCGGCAAGUUGUACGCAGUGAAGGUUGUCAAAAAAGCAGAUAUGGUCAACAAAAAUAUGACUCAUCAGGUACAAGCUGAGAGGGAUGCCUUAGCCCUAAGCAAAAGUCCUUUCAUUGUCCAUUUGUACUAUUCACUACAGUCAGCAAACAAUGUCUACUUGGUAAUGGAAUACCUUUAUCCUUGA